GGAUCGAUUCGAUUGUUCGGAAAGGAGAAGAGAUGUCGAUCGUCCAUCUAUUCAAGUGUGUGACGCUCUUGUUGGCGUGCUGUGCGCUCUGCGAGGGGGUGUCGGAGGUUAAGGAGGAGGAGGGCCUCGUCGACAGGGGGUUCAGGAUGAUGUACAGGGUGUACGAGGAUUGCCAGCAACGGAACAUAGCCGUGUCACCGUGUCUCAAGAAGAAGGCGAUAGCGUUCUUCGAGAGGUUGGGCAGGAUACACACCCUUCCCCUCACGGAGAACUUCGAGCUGGUCAGGAACACGGAUACGGAGACACCGACGAGGAGCUCGUUGGCCGAGUUGGAGACCACUUUGGGGAGGACCGCGUCGAGCAAGGACGAGAUACUGAACGAGAUCCUGUUCGACAGAGUGGCUUCGUUGCUGAACAGUUUCAACGUUCAGAUCAGAUUGCCAAGAACCAGCCCCGGCGAAUUGAAACGGGGUAUGGAGGAGGGACGUGGCAAGAUGAAGAAGAUGAUGGGAAUGAUGAUGAUGGGCAUGGCCAUGAAGAUGGCCGCUAUGAUCCCGAUCGCCCUCGGGGUGCUGUUCCUGCUGGCAGGGAAGGCACUCAUCAUCAGCAAAAUAGCCCUCGUCUUGUCUCUGAUCAUCGGUUUGAAGAAAUUGCUGAGCUCCAAGCAGAGCAACGAUCAUGGCGGUUGGCAGCAUGGCGGCGGAGGUUGGGACAGGAGUUUGAAGAACGUUCUCAGCACGACGGAUGCCACCACGACGGAACUGGCGCGGGAAUACGCGCAGAACUUGGCCUACUCGGCGCGGCAUCAGCACUGAUGUCGUGAUGGCGGAAGAAGGGAAAGAAGGGAGAUCUCUUCCGGUUCCGUUUCACGGCGUGCACGGGCGCUCGAAUGACGUCUAUUCCGUCCA